AUGUUGGCACUGAUUAGCACCUAUACGGCGCUCUCCCAGGUGGCAGCCGUCAGCUGCGACGACACUGACGGCGACCUGUUCUGCCUUGGUACUUGCCCAGCCGAGGAGAGGCUGGUGCGCGUGCUCCGUCUGCGCCAAGAGGACGUUCACUGGCACACCAACCGACUCACCCUGGCACGCGAGCUUCGCGGCCUCAAGGAUAACGCCCAGAACCGGACAUCGGCAUUCUUCCUGGAUGCCAGAACCAGCCUUGUCCAUGACACGUAUCCAAAGUUGCUGUGGGACGCACGACAUUCCCUCCGUGAAGGCCCAGUCGCAGGCGACGCCGCACCACCCGAAGACCUGCAAAAGCGUGAGCACUACCUGGUUACCGAGAUGCAGCCUGGCUGGCGUCCGCUGACAUCCUACGAGUUCCCCGGUCCGGCGCAAGCCGUGAGCAUCCUGGAGCAGGCGUGCUGGGCACUGGCGGUGGCCGAGUCCGCGCACGAAUUCGAACACCGGCUGCCAGUGCUGGGCACCGUGCUGGUCCGCCCCACGCGUUCGCCCCGCCUCGAGUUCACGCUCCGGGGACGUCUCGAGCGGAUAUCCAGUGCAGGCUACAAGAUCCGGUUGCAGGGACUCCAGAUGGCCAGGAUGACAACGGAAGUCCCGCAGUGCACUGAACUGAGCCGCCACCGUGAGUUCAUCCUGGGCGAAGAAGAAAGUCAUGUGUUCGGCAAGAUGGCUUCCUUGCUGAGUAACCAGGCUUCACGGUUCAAGCCCCUGACAAACGUGAUGUGGCUUCAGCACCUGGCUCGCUGGCUAUCGCGACAGAGUGCAGAGACCAACACUGCGCUCGCACCGUGGGUGCUCGUGCUCAACGUCGCCACGUCGGCCCAGGACGUGGCCGAGGAGACCGCCGAUGUCACCGCCCAUGUCGUCGCCGGCCGCCGGCCGCUGCACCUCAUGCGCCGUCGCCCCAAGCAGACCAAGCAGCCCAAGCAGAACGCCCCGAGACCUGCCGACCAAUCGGGCGGAAUCGACCACCCCUCGGCCACCGGGUCGUCUCAGCAAACGCAGCGCAGUGGUACCUAG